CUCCCGCCCGGCCCGGCCCGGCACUACGGGCCCCACACGGCCCCGCGGCCGGCGCAUGAGCCGUCGGCCGCCUUAGCGCAUCUAUUCUGCUGCCUUGCCGAGGAUAAAAAGAAGAGCAACUGGAGGGACUGUAAGGCAAACGUUGCUGGAGCUGCCGGGGCAAACCUUGUUAGCAAAACUGCAUGACUCCACAUCUGCGAAACUGACCUAUGGCUGAAUUGAAAUUCGUCUCCGUGUUUUUGGGGAACCCCAAAAGAUAGCGGAAGAAAUGUCCAAAGGUCAUGCUGUCCUUACCUGCUCCAAAGCAAGAUGAACCACACCUAAUCCAUUGCAGAAGCAGGUUGUUUAAGCUCUUUUCAAAAGCAAAUUCAGAGCUAUGAGAAGAAACUUGUUAUACUGUGAAACACCACUCUGCAGUUGAAACUGCAGCCUUUAGAAGGCAGCUGAGCCCUACUGGUGUGUGUUGAAGGUUGCAUGGUUGGACCCUGGAAAUGGGAUGUCAGUCCCAUUCAGGGAGCAUAAAGGAAGAAGGAGGAUCUCCCAGUUGCUGCUGCUGUGACAGCGAGUGAGAGCACGAGCAGGAAGAUGUCGACAGUCACUUCAGCAAUUCAGGCUCCUCAGGGCCCUGUGAAUCCACCACCUCCAGAGGUCACUAAUCCUAAUAAGCCUGGCCGGAAGACCAACCAAUUGCAGUAUAUGCAAAAUGUUGUUGUAAAGACCUUAUGGAAACAUCAGUUUGCUUGGCCUUUCUACCAACCUGUUGACGCAAUUAAAUUGAAUUUACCGGAUUAUCACAAAAUAAUAAAAAACCCCAUGGACAUGGGGACUAUCAAGAAACGCCUGGAACAUAACUAUUACUGGAGUGCCAGUGAAUGUAUGCAGGAUUUCAACACCAUGUUUACAAAUUGUUAUAUUUAUAACAAGCCCACAGAUGACAUCGUCCUUAUGGCCCAAGCCCUUGAGAAGAUAUUUCUGCAGAAGGUUGCUCAGAUGCCUCAGGAGGAAGUCGAAUUAUUACCCCCAGUUCCUAAAGGCAAAGGUCGUAAACCAUCGGUGGGCUCACAGAGUGCAGGAGCACAGCAAGCAGUGGCCGUGUCUUCUGUCUCCCCGCCGGCUCCAUUCCAGAGCGUCCCUCCAGCCGUGUCUCAGACGCCUGUCAUCGCUGCCACCCCUGUGCCAACCAUCACUGCUAAUGUCCCACCUGUCGCUGCCCCACCUGCCGCUGCUCCCCCUCCUCCUGCUGCUCCAAUAAUGCCCGUGGUUCCUCCUACGCCGCCGGUAGUCAAGAAGAAGGGAGUGAAGCGGAAAGCGGACACGACCACCCCCACCACCUCUGUGAUCACUGCCAGCAGGAGCGAGUCCCCCACGCCCCUCUCAGACCCCAAACAGGCCAAAAUCAUCGCUCGGAGGGAGAGCGGCGGCCGGCCCAUCAAACCACCAAAGAAAGACCUUGAGGACGGAGAGGUCCCCCAGCAUGCGGGGAAGAAGGGCAAACUGUCUGAGCACCUCAAGUACUGUGACAGCAUUCUCAAGGAGAUGCUUUCCAAGAAGCAUGCGGCCUAUGCGUGGCCCUUUUACAAGCCCGUGGAUGCAGAAGCCUUGGAAUUACAUGACUAUCACGAUAUUAUCAAACACCCCAUGGAUCUCAGUACUGUUAAAAAAAAGAUGGACAGUCGGGAAUACCAGGAUGCACAAGGUUUUGCAGCAGAUAUUCGGUUAAUGUUCUCUAAUUGUUACAAGUACAAUCCUCCAGACCACGAAGUGGUAGCCAUGGCCAGGAAGCUCCAGGAUGUCUUUGAGAUGAGGUUUGCAAAGAUGCCUGAUGAGCCUGCAGAGGCCCCUCCUCCUCCUCCUCCAACAGCACCAGUUGUGAGCAAAAGCACAGAGAGCAGCCACAGCAGUGAGGAGAGCUCUUCUGACUCAGACAGCUCAGACUCGGAAGAAGAGCGAGCCACUCGGCUGGCAGAGCUCCAGGAGCAGCUAAAGGCAGUCCAUGAGCAGCUAGCUGCGUUGUCCCAAGCACCAGUGAACAAACCAAAGAAAAAAAAAGAGAAGAAGGAAAAAGAGAAGAAAAAGAAAGACAAAGAGAAGGAAAAGGAAAAGCACAAAGUAAAAGCUGAGGAGGAGAAGAAGCCUAAGGUGGCUCAACCACCAAAGCAAACCCAGCAGAAGAAAGCCCCAGCUAAAAAGGCAAACAGCACGACCACAGCUAGCAGGCAGCCCAAGAAAGGAGGAAAACAGGCAUCUGCAACCUAUGAUUCGGAUGAGGAGGAGGAAGGCCUGCCCAUGACCUAUGAUGAGAAACGACAGCUCAGCUUGGACAUCAACCGCCUGCCUGGGGAGAAGCUGGGCAGAGUGGUGCACAUCAUCCAGUCACGAGAACCUUCCCUCAGGGACUCCAAUCCUGAUGAGAUAGAAAUAGAUUUUGAAACCUUGAAGCCCACAACUUUGCGAGAACUGGAGAGAUACGUGAAAUCUUGUUUACAGAAAAAACAAAGGAAACCAUUUUCUGCAAGUGGAAAAAAGCAAGCAGCAAAGUCUAAAGAGGAGUUAGCUCAGGAAAAGAAGAAAGAACUAGAAAAACGGCUACAGGAUGUCAGUGGGCAGUUAAACAACAACAAGAAACCUGCAAAGAAAGAGAAAUCUGGCUCUGCUCCCUCUGGAGGCCCUUCCCGGCUCAGCAGCAGCAGCUCCUCCGAGUCAGGCAGCAGCAGCUCCAGCGGCUCCAGCUCAGACAGCAGCGAUUCAGAAUGAGCUAAGGACACUUACACAAACAGCACAGAAUGGACAUCACCCUCACCGAUGCUCUGCAGUGUCCCUUUCUCUCCUUAAAGUACUGCUCUUGUUCCACGGUGGUCAGGUGUUUGUUUGUUUUUCCUUCCUCUCUGACUUUUGUUGGUUUUUGUUGUUGUUGUUUUGUUUUAAUUCAGUGUUAUAAAAGCUAUCUUCCAUUUUCCAGGGGCGCUUUUUUUUUUUAAUGAACAGGUCGAAGAUCUUUGCGUGUGUGUGACUAGACUUUAUGGCAAGCAGUUCCCUUUGCAUAAAGUCUCUAAAAUACACUUUUUACUGAAGAAAUUAGGUUGAAAAUGGAAGAACUUGGAACUCUUUGCAGGAGGUGGCUAGUAGGUUUCUGCAGAGUUUGUAGUACGUCUCCCUUCUGCCCCUUCCUUCUCCCCAAAUUGUUCUCUUUUAAUAAGCCCACCUGGCUCACGAGGAAAUCUGUAAAAUGGUACUGUAUCUAAAAGAUGGUAGCUUUGGAACUAGUUGGUGUAUUUGUUGAUUAGCACUAGGAUUCUUAACCUCAAAGUCUGCGGUGUGAUGGAAAUGUCAGAUGCUAUCAUCUUUUUUACAAAAACAAAAGAAGAAACAAGAAGAAAUCCAACAUGCUGUGGAUUGCUAACAUUUUUGUUACUGUUGGUGGAGGCACAGGCACCUGUUGAGGAAGGUAUUUAAGCAUGAAUUUAAUUCUCAGCACAUGAGCGAUGCAAAUACUGGUAUGUGUGCUUCCUAGCACUCCAAAUUUCCAUUUUCCUUGGGAAUGCAUCAAUAAGAAGGGAGCGAAGGAUACCCAAGUUUCUUGGGAAUGUUGUUUUUAACAUCAAAUGGAUAAUUUCCAGGAAAUUGGCAUUCUCUAUGAAAGCUUGUGCUGUAACUGAAAGCAUCUCCUGGCUGCAAGCUGGGCCUCGAGGCGUGCUGCCUGAGUGACCAAGAGCAGCCGUGUGCUCACUAUUAGGCACGUGCUUAAGUACUUUCUCCAUGACAAGCACCUCAGUCUGGGCUUAAAAUAAAAGAGCACUCGAGCUCCAGCUGAGGCUGAGCUGGCAGGGGACUCAGAGAGGGAUGUUGGUUGUGUGCUUUGUUGCUCGGUUUUGGUUUCGUUUGUUUCUUUCCCACCCUUUAUCUUUGUAUCUGCAAUGAGCUCCUAGAAAGGGAAUGCUACUUCUGUGUCAUGCAGGGUGCAGGUUUCCAGAUCCUGAAGUGUUUACCUCAAUUAUAGUUAUAAGGGAAAAAAAAAAAGGGGGGGGGAUGGGAGGGAGGGAAGGGUGAGGAUGAGGGGAAGGCAGUUUUUUAAGGCUAGCAAUUUCUUACAAGUCAGCCUAACGUUUUCACCUGCACUGCUGCAAUACACUCCUUUUUCUGUCUCACGUGUAUAUAUAAGUACUUUAUUUAUUAAACACAUUGGUCAUUUAAAACUCACUAAAAGUAAUAAGACCAGCAGAAAUGAUGCAGACUUCUAAUAUGGUUCAAACCAGAUGAAGAAGAACACAGAGAUGUUAUUUAAAUACGCUGGACUUCAUACCUCCAGGUGCUACGGUCCGGCCUGUUGUGUGUCUGGUGCUCUGUCAUGUCUUGUGUGUUCACUUUGGGUUUUGUUUUCUGUCCUCUCUCUUUCCAAUCCAGCCCCUUCUUUCUUGUUUUGUACAGAUUUUGAAGACGUGCAGGUAGAUGUAAUUUCUUAAUGGAACACCUUAUAUUGUCUGUAUUAUUUCCACGUGUCUCUCCCCUUCUCCAUUUUUAUUUUUUUGUGUGUGUGAAACAGUGUUGGUUUUUCAUUUUAUAAUCCAGUUUUAGGAAAACAGCAGUUCUGUAACUAUAUAAAGUUUGUAAUCUGAGGGGCAGAAAUUUAUUGUAAAUUCUUAACUUUUUAGCUUUUUAUUGUAAAGAAAAUAUACAGAGUUUAACAGAAAGUUACGCCUUUCCUUCUCCCACUACCAGCCCCUAUGGCUGCAUCUCUGCUGUGGCUCAGCCCCAAAGCUCACCCUGCUGAGGUCUCCAGUGGUGCAGAUUGCACCGGUGUUUAUUUCUCACGUAGGUGAGUGGCUGUCGGUCACUUUGUGCCCAUCAACUGCUGUCUUGCUGGCUGUGCCCACGAGGCUCUGCUACCACUGGAUGCCCUGCAGGUCGCACAGCUGGCGUGGCUCUGUGUCUCUGCACAGCGACCAUCGCACGCUCUCUGAAGCUGUAGAAAGGAGCUGCCGUUUUCAGCUGCGAGUCGAAAGCAGCUCUGCUGCUCACAGCAUCCCUGGGCCGUGCUGUCAGUGGGUGCUGGGCCCUUUGGAGCCCUGGAGGUCUUUGCAGGUGGAGUUUCCUUCGUGUCGGGAUCAGGUGAGCUGUAGGGUGCUCUGAUUCUUACUGAAAUGAAUGAUUUUUCCAUUAACAAUAAAGUUAUUUUUAGUUGCUAUAUUUUUUUUUUCUUCCAUUCCACCCUUACAAAAAAACCUCCCCCUAGACAGAUGUUUAGUAAUAUAUUUUCAGAAUGGACUAUGAGGAGAUGUAAUAUACACCUAAUUGAGAGCUUUGUUGUUUGUUUUUAUAAUGGGCUUGGUUUCCAUCUGCGUUUCGCCUUAGACGUGCAUUAUCAAAACUAACCAGUAUUUUAAUUAAAGUAAUUGCAACCGCUUCAGUGCCACGACAGCACGGAUCAAACAGGCUCCUGGUUCUCCCUGCUGAAAUCCUUUCCCAUGUGCAUUGACUGGAGCUGCACCAUUGAUGUGAGGUGAUGGUUGCUGUGGACAGAAGCAGCUCCUGUGCAGGCAGCACCCAACAGGCGGUGGCUUCAGCUUCCACUGGGUGGAAAGCUUUCAUGGCAGUGAAGGUGUUUCCCACGAAAUGGCAGCUUGCAGGAGAAAUCCAUUCUGCCACAACCUUCGUUUCAGGAGAAAACCAAGUGGUCGCUGCAAAAUGUUGUUCUUAGGAUUCCUUUCAUGUUGUUUGUAGCACUUAUCUGCCAACGUGCCAUUAGUGAUGCUUCUGUACUUGCAGAUCAGAGCCUCUCCAGGAAAGAAGAGGUGUUUUCAGUCCAUAGCAAGUAGCAGCUGUUACAUUGAGUUGGAAACGGAAAGGAUAGAAGACUUAUUUGAGUUGGUGUGGCGUGAUGUGCCAGUGGGAUGCCAUGAAAUCACUUGGAAGUGAUCAAAUGUAUAAAGAAUAUUUGAAAUAACGUUUUUAAGCUUCAGAAUAAAAACAGCUGAAAUUUUUAUGCAGCGUUGUUUUCCAGGGGAGGUGUCUGUGAAAUCAGUGAGAUUUCAUAGGUACACGUGAAGCUGGUUUUGCUGACAAACUCCUACGUUGAGCAGAGCCAUCGACCAGCAUCGCUGCGCCUUUAAAGCCUGGCUGAGCUUUCUCUGAUGGUCAGUUUUUGGGCAGCCCAACGCAUGCAGGCUCAGUGGGCCCAGAGCAACACCCCAGGGCUCAGCCCUGCUUUUCCCCUGACAUCUGUUGGGUAGAGCAGCUUUCUGCUGGCCGAACCUCGUCAGUUUUGUCCUGCUGCGCAUUGAAGCUUUCCUACCUGCAGGGUCUGUGGCUGCAGAGCUGAUGUUUGGGGCUCUGUUGUUUGCUUGCAGCAGAUGCACGCGCUCACCCCACAUGCACAGUGUGCGUAUAUAGGGGCAGGUUAGGUAGCAGGGAGGUCUCUUCCCACGUGCUGUGUGGUAGAAGCAGACUGCAGUGACCUCAUUAGUUCGUUUUGGGGGCUCUUAGACCAGUUGUGAAUUUGCUUUGAAAGGAACGACGUUUUUUUGAGGCUGGGGUUGGAGCUUUGGGGGAAGGGAUUGGGGCACAGCAAAGAGAAACCACCUUUUUCGUGCUGGAUUUUAAGAUAUAUUCCAACACGUGGGCAGUUCCCACUGGGGCUGAACUGCAGGCAAAGCUGGGCUGAGGGUUCCUUACACGAGCAGCAUUUUCUGCUUGUG